GAAACACAGCGACUUCUGCAGACAUUUUCCGUAUAGAGAGACAAGAGUUUCAGGGAAAAAGUUAUAAUUAAUUUAAUAGAGAGAAAGACAGAGAUGAUGGGUGAACGUGAAGCCUGCAGUGAUAGCAGAAAUAAAAAUGGAGACACAUCGUACUUUUCUUGAAUAUGAAGUUGAAGCUCUCUCUCUUUCUCUCACUUAGAAGGUGGGCCCAUGAAAUGAUGAAUCACAAAACCAACUGUCACGUAAUCCUUCUACAGUUAGCCAACAAUAUUGUCAAAAGCUUUCUCCUUUCACUUUCCAUCUCUUUCUCUCACUUUUUCUUUUUUCUUCUCUGAAGUCUUCAGCCUGCCCCGUUUGAGAAUUGCUCUUGGAAAAAAAAAAGGGUCGGUGCUGAAUAGGAAUUUGAGGGUCUCUUUUACCUCUUUUUAGUUGUCAAUAGAUACCCACUUAGGAAAAAAGUCGUUUUUUUGCAGUGUUAUUUCUCAGCUGUUAGAAUUUCCUGAAGUUUCACCUGGGGCUUUGAUAUCUAAGAAUUCUGUUAUUUGUUAUCAAAUUUUGAAGUUUUUUUUUUUUAUUAUUAAAAAAAUGCUAGCUUUAAUCGGCGCUUAUCAGAGAGAAUUGGAGUUUUAGAACUGCAUAAUGUUGGUUGUCAAUGGUUGAUCAUAUGACCUUAAAGGAAAGACUUCAACUUCAAGUAGUACUGGCAAAAAGCAAAUAUUCCAAUUCCCGAAUUUUUCAAUGUGGUUCUUCAGAGAUUACGUGCUUAUGGUGUUACGUGCUUUUGCUGCGUGCGAAUAAAGAGGUUGAAUGUGUUUCAAGAUUAUUAUCGCUCAUCCCCUUCAAGCUAAGGGAAAUAUUUGAGCUAUGACAUAUUCAUGGUUAAGAAAUUAAAUUGCUCUUUUCGUUUAAGGGAAAAUCAUAUCAUAAAAAAGGUUUUUGAUUGGCGACGAAGUUGAGGCAUCUAAAGAAAGCUUAGAAACCUUUGGCUUUACUCCGUUGAGAAGCUUGGAAUUUGUUUUUAAUAGAUAGAUCUAUUUUGAUUAUGUUUUGCAAUACUUGUCGGCUGUAUCGAAUUUUGGCACUUUAAUUUGAGGAAAAUAUUUGGAGGAAGAAAGCAUAAUUACUUCAAAGAAUCUUCCCAGUGACUAUGGCAAAAAGAUCGCAGAAACACCCUGUGCAAUAUGAAGAAGGAGAUCACUUGGGCUGUAUGUGGGGUUUGAUAAAUAUAUUUGACUUCCGCCAUGGUCGUUCCACUCAGAGGUUGCUUUCAGAUAGGAGGCGUUCUGGCAGAUUUGCUGUAGGUGCAGGAUCCCCUAUUAAUAAGCUUCAUAUGUUGACCUGGAAUGAUAAUCGUGAAGAAACCUUUGAUGGUGAAGAGACUAUGACCAAGGCAGUUGAUGUUGGUAAGCCAAGUGUGAAAAGUCUCAUGGAAGAAGAGAUGAUCAGUGAGCAGGAUGCCAAGAAGGAUUUGAAUAAUGCUGAAGUAGAACAAAAAAUUUCAGAUUCAGAACAUGGAAUCCACAAAAAGGAAAUAAACAAUGCUGAAGUAGAACAACAAAUUUCUGAUUCUAAGCAAGGGUACCGCAAAAAGAAGUCUCGCAAAAGAAUGAAAAAAGCACAAAAGAAAAGCUGUGACUACAUCCAUGACGUGGAUGCUUCUAAAAGUGUAAAAUCUGAAGACUCUUUCCAUCACAUUUCAGAGCAUCAAUUGACAAGUAGCCUUGAUAUAGACAAUGUAAUGGAAGAGUUCUGCCGUCAGAUCUAUCAGAAAAGUGUAACUUGUGUGAACCAUGACCAGCCUGAUGAACUUCAUGUGCAAUCAAACCAAAAGAAUCCUGAUUUUGAAGAGAAAUUGAGUGAAGCAAUCAAGUUAUUAAUCGGUCAGAAGCUCAUUAAAGGGAAACAUCUCUCAGAAGAUGAGGGAGUCUACCCCUCCAAUGAACUUCAGGAUGCACUUCGGGUUUUAGGUUUGGAUGGGGAAUUAUUUCUGAAACAUCUGAAAGAUCCAGAUUCAGUGCUGGCGAAAUGCAUUCAAAACUUUCUGGAUGCACGGUUGGAGAAAGAUGAAGACACCAAGUCAGUUGCAGGAUCCAAUAUGUCAGAGCAGGAAGUCAGUAAUCUUGGGCAAUCUGAUGAACUUGUCAACCAUAAGCAGCGAAGAUUUUUCAGGAAGAAGGUCAAAUCUCAGGAAAUAAGUCCAUUGAAUGGAAAUAAGGCUUCACAAUCGUCAAAUAGAAUUGUUAUUUUGAAGCCUGGCCCAACAAAUUUGCAAAGUCUUGAAACUGAAAGAAGCAUUGGCUCAUCACCAGAACCUGAUUACGGUGUCAGAAACAAGGGACUAAAUGAGAAGAUUAGUUCCCACUUUUUUCUCUCUGAAAUAAAAAGAAAGUUGAAAAAUGCUAUGGGCAAGGAGCACCAGAGAAUCCGCAGUGAUGGUAUUCCAAAAGGGUUGGCAUAUGAGUGUAAAAAUUCAGGGGAUAGAGACAGAGAUAUCAAGGAGAAUGGAGGAAUCAACUCUCCAUCAAAAGACCAUUUCUUCAUUGAAAAAAUUGCUAGACCUGUGGCUGUCAAGAAAGGAGACAAAAAUGGCAAGCUGAAAGCCUGUGACCUAGAUACAAAAGAGAAAAGUGCUAAUUUGCCUAAGGAACGGGUAUCUAACAUUUAUAUUGAGGCCAAGAAGCAUCUCUAUGAGAUGCUGAAUAAUGGGGAUGAAAAUAUUGAUUCUUCAAGUAGACGUGCUCCAAGAACUCUAGGAAGGAUUCUCUCUCUUCCUGAGUAUAGCUUCUCUCCUGUUGGUAGCCCCAGAAAAAACUGGGAGCCGAGCUUUGUAUCUGCACAGAUUAGAUCUAUUGACUCUGACACUUUGCAGGAAAUGAAUGAGUGCACUUCAUCUGUCAAACAGGAAAGCCAUGAUAACCAUCUGAGCGAAACAACAAAAUGUUUAGAGACUCUGUCAUGCAUCUCUGGUGAAAUAACUGAUGAUAAAGUAGAAGCUGCUAACUUAGAAUCAAAUUGCUUGGUCAAGCAAUUUGUUGAAAAUGAAGCUGUUAAAGCAUCUUUAUCUAUCGAAGAUGAGGUUGUCGCUAAAGAUGAUUUAGAAAUUGUAAAAUCAAAUGGUGCUGUAGUCCAGGAAGGGAGCAAUGUCUUGGAUGCUCCAUGUGAACCAAGUAGCUUGUCCAGUAUUACAUUAGAUAACCAGAAUGUUGAUGAGUCAGGAAUUGAUGAUGCACAAAGUUAUUGCACCGACAUCAUACAGGAACUAUCUGUGGAGGACCAACUGCCAUCAUCUCCACUAGCAUCUCCAUCAAAGUCUUCAACUACCAAGACGGUUGAAGAUCAAGGGAGUGCUAUUGAUUUAUUGGAGCAUCCAAGUCCUGUGUCUGUUCUUGAGCCCCCAUUUGCGGAGGAUGACAUCAGCCCUGGAAGCACAAGAUCCCAUUUUGCUAAAGUACUGGUACAACCACUUCGAAUUCAAUUUGAAGAAUGCGGCUCUGCAACUGAGGAUCCGUGUAUACAAAUGAAAAGUUCGAUGGAAGACAAUAAAUCAAUAUGUGAGUAUGUAAAAACAGUACUACAAACCUCUGGCUUAAACUGGGAUGAACUGUUUAUGAAGUCCAUUACUUCAGACAAGCUUCUUGACCCGUCAUUAUGCGAGGAGAUAGAGUUCUUACCCAGUCAGCUCUGUUAUGAAGAGAAACUCCUCUUUGAUUGUAUUAAUGAAGUUCUCAUGGAAGCUUGUGGGCACUACUUUGGUUGUACACCUUCUGUAUCAUUUGCUAAACCUUACAUCCGGCCAGUCCCAAACAUGCAAAAUUCUCUUCGUGAGAUUUGGGAAGGAAUUUUAUGGCAUCUCAUCCCACUGCCACUCCCUCAUUCAUUAGACCAGACUGUCAGAAAAGACUUGGCUAAAUCUGGAUCAUGGAUGGACCUUCGUUUUGAUACUGAUGGAAUUGGUGUUGAAUUGGGUGAAGUCAUUCUUGAAGAAUUGAUGGAAGAUACCAUAUUGAGGUUAGUAAAUGACAGUCCUGAAAGUGGGUAGCGAUUCUGGCUGUGAGUUAAGGGGUAGGAUUUACAUGUAAUUUAGAAUACACUUCUUUGUUCUUAUCAAUAAUAGUAUCUCACCUUGUGUCAGGGUGGGAGGGAAAGUAGGUCGCUCCUCUAUUAUUCAUCAAGUAGAGGAGUAGUGACAUCUCAUCAUUGAAAGGGAGAAUUUGACAGCCUCUUUCUAACUUUGCCACUGAAUCUGUGUAGAUAUACACAAUCUUUUGUACCAUUUAACCAUACUUGGGAGCCUUCUUAAGCAGAAAAUCAUCAGAUGAAGGACCCUAAUUGAGCAAAGAUAAAAUAACUCAAUUUCAAGUGCUCAUUUUACAAAGAAAGUGUGACUUCCGUCGCAACAUUUUCAGUGAUGAAACAUACUCUGUUAGUUAUGGAUUAGGGCAUUUCACCCAGUGACUAUUGUAGUGUUCUCAUUCAUAUCUUGUAGAGUUUGGUGUGUUCUUUAUUUUGUUUGAAUUCAUUCAUUCUUCUUUUCUUCGUUUUUCUUCUUUUUUUCCACUGUUUUGCUUUUAUAUUUACAAAGUUGUGAGUGUUGCUAGUUGUGAUUACUUUGUUAUAUUAUAAGAGCCGAUAGUAAAUGAGAUUUCAUACAA